GUGUGGAUGUGUGUGUAUGGUGCCCUGUGCUGGACUGGCAUCACAUCAAGGGUGUACUCCUUCCUGGCAUCCUCAUGCACUGUGAUGCUGACCAGGAUAAAAUGUUGAAUGAUGAAUGAAUGAGUAAACGUAAUAUGCAUAUGGGCCAAUGGGAAAACAAUGAAAUAUGAUUCGAUACAUUUUGAUUGAAAUAGCACCGGGCAUACAUUACAUUACCGUUUUAAGGCAGACUUUUAUCUUUCAGACCCUGCGGAAGGAUAUUAGGAAAUGCGCGGCGGCCGCUAACUUCACGCACUUCUCUGUCAUGAACUCCUCCGCCGUGCUGCUGUACAGCUGAGUGGCUCUAUGCUAGAGUUUCACUCAGCUAACACAACACCAGAGCGGACCGUGUCUCAGGACGUCGACUCGACAGUUUAAUUCACUAACUUGAGAAACAAUAAGAUGAUAAAAGCCAUACUGAUAUUCAACAACCAUGGGAAACCGAGGCUUUCGAAAUUUUACGAAUAUUACAGUGAAGACACAGAGCAGCAGAUCAUCAGGGAAACAUUUCACCUGGUAUCGAAGCGGGACGAGAACGUCUGCAAUUUUCUUGAGGGUGGAAUGUUGAUAGGUGGGUCAGACAACAAGCUGAUCUACAGACACUACGCCACGCUGUACUUUGUCUUCUGUGUAGACUCCUCAGAGAGUGAACUCGGCAUUCUAGACUUAAUCCAGGUAUUUGUGGAAACGCUGGACAAAUGUUUUGAGAAUGUCUGUGAGCUUGACCUCAUUUUCCAUGUGGACAAGGUACACAAUAUCCUGUCUGAGAUGGUGAUGGGUGGCAUGGUCCUAGAGACCAACAUGAACGAGAUCAUAACACAAGUGGAUUCCCAAAACAAAAUUGAGAAGUCUGAGACGUUUAUCUUUCAGUCCCCCAGGCAGGACAGGUAGACCCAGGUACUGCUCUGAAUUCCCAACCAAGUAAUUUUACACAAUUUUACACAUCCUGAGGACAAAUAUUAGACUUUUAACAGGUGUACAUGGUGUACCGUUUGUGUAGACUUGGUUUUGUUUUAAACGCCUAAACUGUCUGGUAAAAAGUUAACCUUUCGAAGAUCCUCCAUCAAAGGAAGACUACAAUAACUAAGCUAAAAGUUUAAACUGAUCUAAAUGUUCUCUGUUUGGUUGUGUUUAAAUUUAAUGAAUUAUAAUUCUGUGUUAUUGAACACAUGCUAUAACCAGUGAGUUUUGUUCAGCCACAAAAAAAACUGCAGUUUUAAUGGUGCCUAAAGACCAAUUGUUGCUUGGCUUUUCAUUUACAAACAAAGUUCGUUCUCAGGAUAACAUGGUAGAAUGCAGCAGAUUUGAUUUACUUUUAUGUAGAACUCUUUAAUAUUGUGUUUACCUCAGAUCUAAGAGUAGAUAUUACCAUGGCAUAAUAUGGAUCACAAGCAAAAAUAUUUUGGACAGAAAGUCCAUUUUGUAUUUGGUUAUUUAUAUAGUUGGUAAGUACUGUAUAUAUCGUUUGUUACUAUAAGUCCUUCCAUGAUGAAGGAUAUUCGUAAGGUUAUCGAUGCAAACUGAUAACUGGUAAUUACUGACUGACUCAAAUGCAUCCGUUUUCAUAUAAUGUUCAUUAUUAUAUACUAUAUUUAUAAAAUUCCAAAUCUUGACAGAAGUAGUAGGGCUUGUAUUACAAGGUUGAUGACCAGCAUGGGAUCAUUGCAUUUAAAUCUUAUAUUAACUCCGUCUAGUGAUGGGCAGUUCAUUAAAACUAAAUGAAUUUUAAUUAAAAAAAUUACCACCUGUCCUAUUUUACUUGCUGGUGAGAAUUCCCUGGAUACUUCUUGUGCACAUGUGCAUGCAUGCUGAGAUCUCCCACCAUGUCAUAGUGAUGCGCUAAACUCUGCUGGCCUAAAGCAUUGUUUAUGUGAGGGGCUUGUGAUGGGACGUUUUGAAACCUCACACGCUGGCUGGUGAGGAAAUCAGCACUUUCUUGAUAUUAGUUGUUUUUGUGACCCAGAGUGUUUUGUUCUCUCUUGGACAGACGUGAUUGACGAGGCAGGCCCUACACUCCAAAACAAGGGUUCUGUGCUAAAUACGUUAUUUUUCCGUGGAAGGACAUUUGUUUCUGUCCAAAUGUAAAUUUGAGAGAGCUGAACUGGGUUCUAAAAACACUCCCUUUCAGUAAAGUUGUUAUCCAGGCUGUGCAAGAACAUGACUGGUUCACAUUGGUGGACUUGUGAGGUGCGUAUUUUCAUGUCUGCAUUUCCCCAGAACAAAGAUGCUUAUCCUUAUUGUUUUUCAAGGUUAAGCAUUUCGAUUCAAAGUUCUACACUAUGGCCUCUCCCUAUGUGGCUCCAUCAAGGAUCAGUUCAUUCAGAACUGUCUAUCAUACUCUCACACAGCACGGAGCUCCAUAGCCUAGGAACCCUUAUGUCACAAAAAGGGGUGCCCCUGUCUCAGAGAGAGGGGCACAGGCUCUGGCUUGCUGAAGAGACAAACUUUUUCUAAUGAAAAGGGGUCUGUUUGGGAAGCGUUGCCAAGAAGAUAGGUUGGUGUGUCCAGUUCAUCAUGAUAUUGUGGCAUAUUUUACCCAGGUCUCUGGUGGUUAGGAGGGGGAAAUAGAACACUAGUUGUUCAUGUAACUGUGCUUCUGUGAACCCUGGAUAACCACCAUGGUUCCUUGUCCUUUGGGGACCGGCACCUAUCUUGGAGAGAAGGAUCCUGGUGGAAGAUGACUAUCUGACAGAGACAUUUAUUGCUAAUAACGUGUAGUCUGUCAUAUUUUGUGACUUUGUUGAAGGUCUCAGCAUGUGUGCGUGUGCGCACAAGUAGGUAUUUGGGUGAUUUUCUCCACCACUUGCAGUUAUCCAGUUCCAUUCAUAACUAGUGACCCUUUCUGCAUCUUGUGUAGAUUGAUAUCCACACCUUAAAUAAUUAACACAUGUUGUGUCUUGCCUUUCUUCUUUGGAGGUCAGAGUCUCUCUGUGGCUCUCCCGAGAUGUUUUUAAUUAACAUUUUCUACAUUGCCACUGCCAUUGCUCCAAGUUUGUUUUCUUUCAUAUGGGUCUAUUCAAAGUCCCAUAUGGAGUCCAUACUACUUUUUUCUUUAGUCAAGAAAAAGAAACCAUGGGCACAAUGUUAUUAAUUAUGGGGCUGUUCAGAUGCAGUUUGUGUGGACCCUUUUACCAUCUUUUAAAAGUACAUACCUUCCACCUAGGGGCCCAGGGAAGUCCAUUCCCCUGGUCACCCCACAGUGACGCUUCAAUAAAUGUGAUUUAUGAUGUAAAUAUGGUCUCGUAUUGACAUUAUAUCAUUACUUGUAUAUAAGUAAUUAAAUUAAUGUAUGGAUGUGGGUUACUGUAGGUGUUUGAUAUUGUAGCCUGUACAGUAUGUCUGGAUACUUCUGAGUGGUGAACCAGAAACUUUUAAACUCCUAGUACGAUCCAAUCAAAUGGCUAAUUUAAAAGAAUCGCAUCAUAAUACAUAUUGUAAUGCCCAUCACUAGCUUAGUUUCAGUUAGAGUUACAUCCUUUUUCAGUCUAUGUACUAAUCUCCAAUAAGCUUAAAGAGAUGUGCAUGAUUAUUUCACACCUAUUGUAGUCAGUCAGUUCUUACCGGACUUUUGUGUCUGUAUGUCUGUUAGAAGUCGUAAUGCGAGUUUUAGUUUUGUCUGUGCAUCUGUUUAAAUGGGUUUUGACAACAGUUUAUAACCCAGUCUUAGGACAACCAUUCUUUACUGACUACAUAACAUGCUACUGAUGUAGCAUGUGUACACAGUUAUUAGUCACACUAACCAAAAGGAUGUUUUAGAAUACACUUAUCCAUAUAGCAGUUGAAAUGGUUGACAGUAGGUAACAGAGUGGAAUUCCUCACUGUUGGUCUGGCUGUCGCUGUUAGAGUGUGAAUUCUUCAGGAGUGUGCAAUCCUUCCAGUUUUCACUUGUAUUAUGAGAGUAAGCAGAGGAAUAGGAAUGUAGUCUGUGAGCUUUUGAGUACUUUCAUAUUUUGGCCUUUAGCAUUCCGUUGAAUAGUCUCCCAUGAUUGUAGAAAUGAAUGGUUAAUUGUAAUUGCAUGGUCUGUGAACGUUUUGGCCAUUCUAUUUUCGUGUCUGUAACAGAAGCUAAAAAAUAAACACGAAUUGUUUUUUUUAUGAUUGUUUCAAAAUCCCAGCAGGAGUAAAGCAGGAAAAACAAAAAAGUAAUUUUUUAAAAUUUUUAUUACCAGAAAUAGUACAUCCAAAAUGUAAGAACAACACAAAAAACCCCCAUAAAUUAUAGAUAUAACAGAAAACAGCUCCAUUUAUGCGUGAAAACAUGAGACUUUCUCCGAUAUGGCUGUAAAUAAUUUGUAAAUACAAUUAAGUAUCAAGAGCACCUCCACAGAGGAAGUUAAUCCCCUGGUCAGCGUUGGGAAUCCGUCAUCAUUAUCAAUUAAAUAGUCUUGGAGUUGUAGUACAUAUGAAAUCUAAAUUAAUGGUUAGUGAUCUACGUAUACUGAGAUAUCAAUAUACUAGUCUCUACUGAAAAUAAGUUGAACUGCAAGUAUUACAGACAGGUUGAUCAUAGUUGGCAGUCAGUGAAGCAGGAGCUUAUGGGCCUCAGAAUGAUAGGAGUCAGUUUGGUGUGCUUAUGUUAUUGAACCCCAGGUCAAGAUCAUUGAAUUUAUUUAAAAUGAUAAUGGUUUAUGAUGGAGCAUGGUUAUCUAAUCAUGAGGAAAAGCCUUAUUUCUGCAGUGGUGGAUAAUUUGCCAGCUUGGCAUACUUGUCUUUUUUUUAAGAUGCAAUUUAGCUCUAGUUAACUCCUUUCAUCUUCUGUGGAAUUAUGAGAUUAGACAUGUUGUUAUUACUGAUUUUUCAAAUUUCCUUGCUCUGCUUUUCCCAUUUCUCUUAUGCCCAGUUCUCAGAGGCUUUGGUCAGUUUAGUUUUGGAAAAUUCUCAUUAUAGUCCAUGCUUUUACUUCCCAAACACUCUGAUCCUUUGUUCAUAUGUUCGGUUUCCAUAGGUACGGCUUACUCUACCCUACUUUUAGUUACGCUCGAAAUUGACCCGAGACAUGCAUGUGCAUAUUGAGCUGUAAGAACAAGAAUGCCAGUUUGCACCCAUCUGUAAUGUGCUUUUGCAUUUCGUGUGAUGUCGACUGUAUCUGUGAAAUGUGAUUCGAGUGUCUGUGUUGCCUGUUCUUGUGUGAAUAUUUUC